AUGGCACCUUUCGGACGAGGUGCUCCUCGUGGCGGCGGCGGUCGCGGUGGUGGUCGAGGCGGUCGCGGAGGAUUUGGUGACCGUGGAGGCUUCGGCGGUCGUGGAGGUGGUCGCGGUGGCGGUCGAGGUGCUCCUCGUGGUGGCCCUCGCGGUGGUGCUCGCGGUGGACGUGGUGGCCCUCGCGGCGGUCGCGGCGGCGGCGCGCCUGGCCAGAGGGGCGGUGCCAAGGUCAUCAUUGAGCCUCACCGUCACCCUGGUGUCUUCGUCAUUCGUGGCGGCAAGGAAGAUGGUCUUGCUACCCGCAACAUCACCCCUGGCGAGUCCGUCUACGGCGAGAAGCGUGUCUCCGUCGAUGAGGUCCAGAAGAACGAGGAUGGUACUACCACUACCACCAAGAUUGAGUACCGUACCUGGAACCCUUUCCGAAGCAAGCUUUGCGCCGCCAUCGCCGGUGGUGCCGACGAUAUCUACAUGAAGCCUGGCUCUCGUGUUCUCUACCUCGGUGGUGCCUCUGGUACCUCCGUCUCCCACGUUGCUGACCUUGUUGGCCCUACUGGAUACGUCUACGCCGUUGAGUUCUCUUCCCGCUCCGGCCGUGAUCUCGUCACCAUGGCCUCCAAGCGCACCAACGUCGUCCCCAUUGUCGAGGAUGCCCGUCAGCCCGCCCGUUACCGCAUGGUCGUUCCCAUGGUUGACGUUAUCUUUGCCGAUGUUGCCCAGCCCGACCAGGCCCGUAUCGUCGCCCUGAACGCCAAUUGGUUCCUGAAGGCCGGCGGUGGUGUCCUUAUCUCCAUCAAGGCCAACUGUAUCGACAGUACCGCCCCUGCCGCUGAGGUCUUCGCCAGCGAGGUCCAGAAGAUGCGUGCUGAUGGCAUCAAGCCCAAGUACCAGCUUACUCUGGAACCCUUCGAGCGUGACCAUUGCUUGGUCGCCGGUAUCUUCAACCGCACCAACAAGACCGCCGCUUAA